UUUCAGAAUUAUCAGUGACUAAUAACCAUCAUAGUCAGGCAUUUGCAGUUUAUCAAGUUCAUUUCUAUCAUCAACGUGUUGAGAGCAGGAUCAGCGUUGUUCAGGAAUUUAAGAAUUUUUUAUCUUUUUAUAAAGGUGGCGAGAUAAUUCUACAAGUAUGAUAUCCGAAACAGCGAUGUUGUUAAUAAUUUUGAAUCUGGGUAUAUUUGGUGCUACUAAUGCGUCCGUACUGGUGAGAGUUGUAGAGCGAGAUGCGGAAACGUGGAUUGAGGAUGGAGCCAAGCUGAGCAUCACGUCGGAACGAUUUUCACUAUCAUUCAAUGCACUCCAUGAAGACACCGGUUACGCGGAGUGUAUUGAUUGCGAAAAUACAAUCGCCAAGCUGGCGGAAAAUUUUGAAAAUCCAAGUGAGGCGCAGAGCAGUCGUGACCGCGAUUUUCCAGAAAGUUUGAAAGGCACGUACGGCAUCCCAGUCAAAGACAUGAUCCCUUUUGGGACUGAUAAUAGUGACCUCGCCCUUCCCACAAUGGACGAUGCGUUUGUCCCCGUCACGCUCCUCGAUGGCUUCAAAUUUGCUAAUUUGUCCUACAACAAGCUUUUCAUAAAUACAAACGGUGGAAUCACCUUCAUUAAAGGCAGUGGUGCAUCUAUCCCCGAUUGCAGCCCUCUCUCUAUUCCCACGAUAACCCCAUUUUGGGCCGACAUUGACACCCAGAUCGGUGGAAAUAUCACCUACCGACAAGCCACCGAAAACGCCACACUCUCCAAAGUGGAGCCCUUUCUGCAAAAAGCCUUUCCAGGAAUGUCCUUCGAUUUGAAAUGGGCAUUCGUCAUGACCACGUACGACGUUCCGUUCUUCGGGGCAAGUCCGCCUGCCUUUGCUUGUCCAGGGUCCGCUUUGAGAAAUACUUUUCAAACUAUCUUAACCCUUGGGGGGACGGAAUCUUAUGUGAUCUUCCUUUAUAAUAAAAUCGAUUGGGUGAACGCGUACAUGAUAAAUGGUGAUGGUGGAAACCAUUGCUCGGGCUUUAACGGAAAACACAACCCUUUCGCAGGAUUGGACGCAGCUGAUGGUAAAGCUCGCUACCAAGUCGCGUACGCAUGCACCAGGUGGGCGGAGUAUAUUCCAACAACAACGAAUAUCAAUAUUCCCGGGGUCUGGGUUUUCCGCGUUACUUCCGGAAUCAGUACACCCUGUGACGUCGUAUGCCUGUCGAACGUGGAUAUGCUGCCGGACCCUUACGACUGUUCUAAUUACUAUGUGUGCUCAAAUGGCGAGAAAAUUAAGCAUGAGUGUCCACGUUUUGGUAAAACUGGGCAAUUGGUUUACAACCCUAAGUCCAAAGUGUGUGUUGCACCAAAGGAUUAUCCAUGCGAACCAAUCUGCCAGGAAAUUUAAGACACUUGAUGCCACUACUCUUCUGAAAAGUAGUGAUACAAAUUUAAGUUUCGAAUUAUUAUACAUAUGUACAUGUAC